AUGGAGGAAGGGUUUUCAAGUUUUUGUAUCAAGGGAAGUCACGGUCGUGGCAAUGGCAACAAUGGAAGUAGUGGAACAAAGUGUGGGAGAUGGAAUCCUACGACUGAACAGGUUAAGGUUUUAACAGACUUGUUCAGGUCAGGACUUCGAACACCAAGCACUGAUCAAAUCCAGAAGAUUUCAACUCAGCUUAGCUUUUAUGGGAAGAUCGAAAGCAAGAAUGUUUUUUAUUGGUUUCAGAAUCAUAAAGCUAGGGAAAGACAAAAGCGUCGAAAAGUCUCCUUUGAUGAAAAUGAUCACUUCAUUUCCAGAGACAACAACAACAACAACAACAUCAACAACAAGAUUUCUUCUUCAAAACGUUUUUUUGAGGUUAAGGAAUAUCAGUCUGAUCAAAGGGUUAUUGAGACUUUACAGCUUUUCCCUUUAAAUUCCUUUGAAGAAACUGAUCAGCAGGAGAAGCUGAGAUUCCAUGGAAACGAAUGUAGGGAAACAUCAACAUUUCCUUAUACAAUCAGUACCUCAGAACUGGAUCAUCCACCAUUGGAUCUUCGUUUAAGUUUCUUGUGA